ACGCCAUAUUGGCAUUACUGUUACUCGCCGCUGUCAAACUAUCUGACAUAAUUUUUUGACAGCCGUCUCAGCGCACUUUGCAAGCUUAUUCGUGAAUUUUUCUGCGAUAUUCUCCAAGGCAAAAAAUACGAUGGCCGCCGUCAAUAAAUUAUCCAUGUUGAGCCGUGCUAUGAGCACUGGUGCUCAAAUGGUCAAACCCCCCGUACAAGUAUUCGGUUUGGAAGGCCGUUAUGCCACUGCCUUGUACUCGGCCGCCACCAAAUUGAAGCAAUUGGAUCAAGUUGAAAAGGAUUUGCUUGCCUUCCAAGCUACCCUUAAGCAAGACAAGAAAUUGCGCGAGUCCGUUGUCAGCCCCAUUGUCAACAAGAAAGUCAUGGGUGUUGCCUUGAAGGAGAGUGCCGAUAAAUUGCGCUGGUCUGCUGCCACCGGUAAUUUGUUGGCCCUUUUGGCCGACAAUGGCCGUUUGAGCCAAUUGGAUGGUGUUAUCAAUGCCUUCAACAUCAUCAUGGCUGCCCAUCGUGGUGAGGUUGUGUGCGAAGUUGUCUCAGCCAAACCCUUGGAUUCUUCACAAAGCAAGCAAUUGGAGGGUGCUUUGAAGUCCUUCUUGAAGAGCAACCAAAGCUUGAAGAUUACCUCCCGUGUGGAUCCCAGCAUCAUUGGUGGUCUCAUUGUCUCCAUUGGUGAUAAAUAUGUUGACAUGAGCAUUGCCAGCAAGGUCAAGAUGUACACCGAUGUCAUCUCCUCUGCCGCUUAAAUUGUAAAUCUGAAAUCUUGGAUUUAAAAUCUAUGAUUUUCGUUAAGGCCUUUUAAGUUUCUUUAAUUUGUAAUUUAAUUAUCAAUUUUCCUCCGAAUCAAUAUAGUAAUGUGUUCUUAACUGAAUACGUCUCCAGCCCUCACACAAAAAAGAAGUGUUGCAAAAUAAUUUACUCUUGGAUGAAAUAUUUGCCGAAACAAAAACAUCAGGCAAAUUGAAAUAAACAAAACAAUAAAAUGAUGGAUGUUAAAAAAA